AUGUGUCACGGCGAAGUCAAGAACAAAGUAAAGACCAAUAAAAGGACUUUCAAACUCCGAAAUACACAAAUGAGUUACAUAGAUUCCACCCAACCCCAAGAGCCAUGCCAAUGUUUAUUAUGCCAACGUGGCUUUGUCAAAUUUGCUCGGCACCCAACAUGGAAGAUGAUACUUCGAGUGGUUUUCUGUUCUCUCCAGUCUAUCUUUCCUGAAAAGGAAUACUUUUCCCUUACAACAGACGUCUAUUUAUACAUCGAACUUCAUAUGCCAUUCUUUAAAAGUAUAAAACACUUCCAAUCGAAACCACAGAUAUGGAAGAAGGCUAUGAUCGAUUCACUCAGUCAUAAUAAAGACUUUUUGACGGGGUUUCCACUCUUUGGAAUGAAUGGAUUUUGGAAGUUAAUCAACAAAGAUGAUCCAUGGAUGGAAGAAGACCCUGUACAGAAGUGGAGAUGGACUGAUAAGUCCGACAACAACACUCAAGGCCUGAGGAACAUCUUCUCCGGUCUCAAAUUUGAUUUGAGUGAAAUAGAAAGUACUCCAAGAAAGCUAAAUAGUGAAGGGAGUGUUUGUGUUGAUUCUCCUAUUAAUAGAUUUGAAAAUUGUAUUAAAGGGACUGAGAAGUAUGAGGAGACAACAAAUCAAUAUGACACCUUCCUCAAUGUACAAUGUAUGUGA